AUGAUAAUUAAUGAUAUAAAUACUGAAAAAAAACGGAACAUCUGCAUUCUAUUCACCGACAGUAUGAAGGUUCUGGCUGUAAUUUGGUUGUCUCUGGCGGCCCUUGCUUCCGCGAGGAACAUUGGCCUUGAGGAUGUGAUCGAUCUUGAAAAGAUUACAUCCUACAAUUAUUUCAAUAAAAUCGGAAUUGCACUGGCUGAAAAAAUUCGCAAAGCUGAAGAGGAAGCCGAACAAAACCCAUCCAGAAUUGCCGGAGGAUCUGCUGCUAGUCUUGGACAAUUCCCCUACCAGGCUGGUCUCCUUGUUGAAGUACCAGGAGGUACAGGUACUUGUGGAGGAUCAUUGCUCAACUCUAGAAGAGUACUUACUGCAGCUCACUGCUGGAAUGAUGGUCAAACCCAAGCCAGAAGGUUUACAGUUGUUCUUGGCUCAGUUCGUUUGUUCAGUGGUGGUGUCAGGUUGGCUACCACUAGCGUCGCCAUGCACGGUAGCUGGAAUCCUAGUCUCGCUCGCAAUGACAUUGCAAUGAUCACUUUGCCUUCUGCUGUCUCUACUUCAAGUAGCAUUGGUUUCAUCGCUUUGCCAUCCGGUAGUGAACUGAACAAUCAGUUUGCUGGAUUUACCGCCACAGCCUCCGGCUUCGGUCUCACUAGAGAUGGUGGAAGUGUCAGCGGUGCCUUGAACCACGUGAACGUGCCUGUGAUUACAAAUGCUGUAUGCCGCAACACCUUCCCUAUCUUCAUUCAGUCGUCGCAUGUUUGCAUCAGCGGUGCUGGCGGCAGAAGCACUUGCCGCGGUGACUCCGGUGGUCCUCUUGUAGUCAACAGCGGUGGCAGGCGUAUCUUGAUUGGUGUUACCUCCUUUGGACACAUUGAUGGCUGUACCCGUGGUCAUCCCGCUGUCUUCGCUAGAGUCACAUCCUACGUUAGCUGGAUCAAUCAACGCCUUUAAGUGUUUCUCUUUUUCCAAAUCAAUUUGAUUAGAUGAUAUGAUAUCGUUAUUGUUAAAGACAAG